UUUAGGGUUUAUAAUAUUUCACUUAAAUAUUCAAAUGGAAGGUGAAAGAGUGUUAGGCCACCAGACCUCAUACGACCCAGAUCAUGAGAUAGUUCCGGGACUCAAGCUUGGUGCUUACUGAGACCUGUGUAAAAUCGUCGUUAAUACAGACAGCUAUGAUCCUCAGACGUGGCUUAAAGCGCAGAAGUUGCUUAUGAGCUUGAAAAACGAAAUGGAAAAUGAUUAUUCAAUUAUUGAUCUGGUAAAUCCUUUUAGAGACAAGUAUUUUAAGGAAAAAGAUCCAGGGGAAUUCGAUAAUAAUACUUUCUUCCUCCAAUUACGUGAGCUAUAUGAUGUUGCACAAGUAGCGGUAUGGAUCCUGAACGAGUAUUAUGCUGAGUCCUGGCAUAUUCCAGAUCCAACAGAAAGAGCAGAGCUUUUCCAGAGUCUUAUCUUCUUUAUAAAUGCACACCACCAAUUCUUUCUCGAUGACCGCCUUAAUUUGCUCAGAAAUAUCUGAAAGUUAGCGGGAAGGCUGUGAAGAGUUGGAUGGAAUGACUCCAAAGUCUAUGAAGACUCUAUUCAAGCCAUGACUGAAGGCUACUACAGUGACACUGAGUUCGAACUCACUUCAAUAUUGAUGAUAUACUUUAAAGAGCUGAUGCUAGAAAUGCAGAGAAAAGUAUCUUCAGUUGAUACAAAAACUUUCAGAAUUAUCUACAUGACUGAUAUUUUCAUUGCCUCUUUCCAGUACUUUGACGAGACAAGAAGGAAGUUUCUAGAAGAAAAACUCUCUAGGAUCGAAGAGCAGAACCCAAACGAUAUCUCCAUUACCACCGAUGGAGAUAUUGAUAGUAUGCUGAAGCCUUCAGAGCAAGAAGAUGAGGAAGUUAAAUCAGAGGAGGGAAACUCUAAUUCUUUUGAUCCCAUCAACAGAUCCCUCAGACAUGUCAUGUACGCCUUAGAAUCAUUGAUCGAAUGAAUUACAUAUGAUUUCACAUGAAUGUACCCUGAAGAAGCAAGCGAUGAUUUCAAAGUCAUCGUUCUUCUUAGGACCAAGACUAUUAAUGAGACAAGAACAAGCAAAUGGAAAGCUUUAUUAUCUGACAGUUUCUGAAGGGAUAUCUUUUGGUUCUAUCAGAUUCUUGUCGAGAACUCUUAUUACAUCGAGGCAGAAGGAACCAUGAAGCUUAUUCAGAUUAUUUCUCGCAUAAGGCCUAACUUUGGCGGUAAGGAUGGUAUAAUGACCUAUAAAUCAAUGAUCUGCGAGUUUUGCAAAGAAAUCUUUAUCAAAAAGCUUGGAUUAAAGAAGCCGCCAAUCUUACUAAAAUUUUGUCAAAUGAUAUCUUCCCUUUAUAAAUGUAUUAAUAUCUUUGAAGGAAGUGAUCCUGAAGGUUUCUUAGAGCUGGCUAAGGACUUUACCCUUGACUUGCUUAAGCAGAGUGAAGAUGAGGUACCAUUUUCGUGUAUUUACUACAUCAUCAAGUUCUGGACUAAUACUACGUUUAAAUGAGUAUCUUCAAAUCCACAAUUCGGAUUGAAUUCCAACUCAAAUUUGAGAAACAUAGCUAUCAUCUUUGAAGCAUAUGUAAGUUAUUUAGCCAAGACCCAGGAAGUUGAUGGGUUCAAGAGCUCAGUCCAAGUUGAAGAGAAGAUUGCCCCAAUUCCAAUUCUAAUCAAAGCGGAGCCGCAGGAGUCACUGAAGUUCAUGUUCUCGAACCUUGACGUUAUUGAAAAUCUGUUUAUCCAGAAUGUGCUGAAUUAUAAGAACUAUUUACCCAGGAAUGAGAUCGAUCUAGAAGAGUCAGAAUUCUGGGAAAUUGAUAAUAUCAAAUAGCGCAAGUUGGAUCAUACUGAUUUCUGCAGAAAUGCUCAAAGCUCAUGAGAAAGUAAUCCACAGAAAGGUAUUGAUGAGCAAGAACAAGGCUGAAGUUGUAGCUGAUAGUUUAAGGGAGUUGUCUAUUGAUGAAUGCGAAACCAAAAUUUCUCAAGUUUCUGAACUUUGAUGCAAAGUUUUCAAUCUUAUGAACAAAUUAAAAGGAGUCCAAUCUCAAAUCCUAAAAUUUUCAAAGAAAACUGUUGAUGAUUAUAUGAUAUUAGAGAGAUCCUUCUUAUUUUUUAUUAACGAUUUUUGAUAUAUCUAUUUCUUGUGUGAAAGUAAUAAAGAUGGGCUUGAGAUCAUUCUCAACAAAAUAGCUGAUGAAAUGGAGUUAGAAAAUCCAUCGAAGGUGAUAUCUUAUGUUACUGAUAAGCUUAUUGAUAAUCUUGCAAAUUUUACGGAUUUCGUGAUCAGGAAGCAGACUAAGGAGACCCUUAGCAAUCUCAAAAUAGGUCUCAUAAAUUACGAGCAGUAUGACCAGAAUGAUCUAGUGGUCUAUAUUCAAAACCAGCUGAUAUGCCAUGCUGACAGCGACGAUGAAGUCUAGAUG